UCAUCUCUUGGUUUAAAGAGUCGUUGUGGGCUGACUGAAACAACAGACUUUUCUAAUCUCUUCUCACCAUUGAACCUGAAAAAUACGGAAAAAGAGACAACAUUAUUCUCAGGUAACUUUAAGGUUAAGUUUAACAUUCGCUUUAGAGAAAAUCAUGUUGAAUUAUUUUGUAUUCUGCUUCUAGUUGUAUUUCAGCAACUUGACUGUACCUUCCAGAUCAUUGGACUGAAUGGAGAUGAAGAUUGUAGCUCUUCUCCUCAUUGUAGCUGCUCUACAGGAUCACAGAGUCGCUGCUGAUGAAAGGCAGAUAGUUCCACUGGAUAUGGCACUGAAUUCAGUUGAUGAUCAAUAUAAGGACUGUACUCAGCAAAUGGCAGAUCUGGUGAAAACAAAAUAUCUCGAGAAAGAGCUCAAUAACACAGAUGAUUUUAAAAAGGUUUGGGAAUCAGGAAAAAAACAUUUUAAAAAUAAGUGGAAAAAUAAAGGCUCAUUAAAAAUCGAACAUGCAAUCGCCAUGUAUGCGUACACCUACCCAGGAAACAAAAAUAUGUCCAAAAUAUUUGUCAAAUUCAAUAACGACACCAGUAAUGGUAAAGAGAACUACAGAACCAACACGUACAACUGGUAUUCUCUUCACUUUCUAUUAACAGACGCAAUACACAUCUUGAAGAAAACACAUACAGAAUGCAAUACUACUUUUCGUGGUACUAAUGUUGCGUUUAAGGGUCAGGUUUUUACAAGCGUUCGUUUUGGCUCAUUUGCAUCCUCCUCUAUUUAUAGAGGCGUGGCAGAAAAAAUCGGAAAAGUAUCUUGUUUUGAGAUUCAAACUUGUGAAGGCGCUAAUAUUGCUAGAUAUUCUAAGAUUCAUGAUGAAGGGGAGGUGCUGAUUCCUCCAUAUGAAGUGUUUAAUAUUACUCAAAUCAAGACAAGAAAUGAGCAGAAUGAUCCCUGGUGUGACAUUGUGUAUGUGUUGAAGAGCACUGGAGUAAGGAGUGACCUGAACUGUGCUCUAUUCAAGAAGACUUAAUAACAAAAGAUACAUUUAUCCUCCUGAGACCCAAAUAUAUAUUUUUUCUUUUUCUGUGAUUUCCUACAUCAUUUGGGUUAGAAGAAAUUCUACAAUUUAGAGUUUUUACAUUUUGUUUUUAUUUAAAAUGUUACAGCAUGUCCACUAAAUUAAUCAUUUCUUCGGUGCACCGCGAUGCAGACGCGGACAAUUUGGUAUCGGUUCAGUAAUAAUCAUAACCGGUUAUUACUGAC